AUGACAGAAUCGCCACCCAGAUGCUGCUCCGACUUCAGAGUGAACAGCGGAUAUAGUCACCAUUGUCCUGAAUCUGUCAACUCGGAGCCCCCUCUGGGGGCGCCUCGCUCCUCUGCACCCUUGACCUCUUUGAUGCCUUCGUCUGCCACACGCCGUUCUGCUGCUGGGAGUCCUCUGGCUCUGGCACCUGUGCCGUCUUUGGUUUCUGUCGAACAAUCGCGCUCUGAUGGUAAAUUGCCCCCGUCCGCAGGUGCGGUCGGCGUGCCCUCGCCUGCGCCUGCGCUGUCGUCUUCGCUUGUCGCAUCGCCAUCUACUGCGGAGCCACCAGUUUGCCUCUGCUGCAGCCAGCAGUCUGACGAGGCGCUCCCCCCUUUGUUUACUCGCGUCGCUGUACGCAGCGUCAACUUGGCGAGUGCGAACGCAGAAGUUGAUGACGGCGUCCCGGCUUCGAUCCUCCGCGAAGCGUCGCUCCUGCAGGAAAUCCACAGGCAGCAAGUUCACCUGGAGCGAGCAAGGCAGGAGGCAGACCUGCCACCGCUCACCCGCCGCGGAACCUUCGAGGACGGAAGUGGGGUCGCUGACAGAGAGGACGGUCGCGUCAUUUUUCACGCUCCCCCUCAAGCAGAGACCUUGCAAGGUGCACACACACCCUUCAAUGUCGUUCGCUUCUUCGGCUGCCAGAUCCGGGAGAGCACUCUGUACCUUGUCACAGAUUUCUGUGAAAACAACCUUCGCACCUACUGGGAAAGUCGCGGGUCUACUGGAGCCGCCACGCGUUCGCCGAAUGCUUCUCCUGAGCCGGGAGCGCCUCGCACUGCUGCAGGCGCCUUGGUGAGCGAGCCGCGACCUUGCGCGGACUUUCUCUCGAGCCCGCUGCGAGGGCGUGGCAUGGGACCUGCGGAAGGAAGACCAACAUCUUGCUGGUGCACUCAGAAGGAGAUUUUCCGGGAGUUCGUGUGGCGGAUUCUCCACAAGAUUCUGCACGGUCUGGCUUGCUUGCACGCUUACGGAAUCGUGCACAGAAAUUUGAAGCCGGAGAACAUCCUCGUUCGACCUUGUCUGCGCCUCGCACGCGCCUCGCGAAGUCAAGGCGAAACCCAUUCCGCAUCUCCAACAAAGAUGAAUGUUUCAGACGGCGUGGAUGAAGAUGACGAGAUGGAUUGGAUUCUUCCCUCUGUCGAAGUGGAAUUGAGUGAUUUCGGUUUUAGCCGACUUCUGGAAGAGACGCAAGGCGCGUACACCCCCGAAAAUCCCAAAGACCGGGAAAGAUCAUACCGUGAAAGCCGGCGGCUGUUUUACCGAGCUCCGGAGCUCCUGCUGCUUCGCGGCGACGGCACUUUCGACUGGAGCCCCGUGUACUCAUUCGGAGUCGACAUCUGGUCUGUCGCCGUCAUCUUUAUGGAGCUGGCUCUACUAAGGCCUCCGUUCCGAGCGGACUCAGAAAUGAUUUACCUCCUGCAGAUUUUCCGCCUUUUAGGCACGCCCAUCGACGCCAGAACGUGGGUAGAAAUGUGUGGACUACCGUUUCCCGAGCCGGCGCCAGCUGCAUUCUCGGGGGCUCGCCACGCGCUCGGUGCGCCCCGCUCAAGGGGCGACAAACCCCGUAGCUCAUCAGUGUCUUUCGCUUCACAGACACGUUCUUCUGGCUCUCGUCGGCGCCUCGGGCUCAGGCAGACCUUAAUGCACCGCGCAGACCUAGCGGCUCUGCAUCCGUCGCGUCCUUUGUACGCGCGCCCGUGCCCCUCUGCAUGCGGCUCUGAAGACCGUUCGAUUCCCAGUCUUCACAGCGGAAGCGCUGCCGAAGACGACGCCGGCCGCCUCAACGCGCGACCUUCGUCCGCGCCUCCCGCUGAGUCUUCUGCACCUCCCCUGGUGGCUGUCUCGGGCGCGCCUCCGCCCCUGGUUCCCCCGUGCGCCAGCGAGGCGCGUCGAGGCGAACCGAUGCCACACCGCCGGCUGGAUUGUCCGCAAGCACGCGAGGUGGUACUGCAGCCGCGAGGGGAGGAGUGCCUGAGCACCACGGCGGGAGCUGAACCGGCGGCCGAAGCAGAGGCGGAAGGAGGAAACGGAGAUGAAGCGAAUGCGGAAGCCAGGAGAUGGCCCCCGCAGCGCCAACCCCGCGCCCGCGAGGUAUUCGCUUACGAGCAUCGUCAACGAAGCGAAAGAGCCGACAGCGACGAGGCAGGGGGACCGAGAACGACACGAUGCGAGAAACUGCAGCGCGCGUGCAGGAGAGGAGACCACAGUGACUUAGGAACGACUAGAUACAUCCGCGUGGGCUGCGAGGAGGAACGGGACGAGCGCGUCCACGAAGACUGGAGAGCUGUUCUCCCUAUUUCUUCACUCGAGGCGGCGAUGCUACAAGGGGGCACUGGGGCUGGGCACCGAGCAGAAGGCGCCUCACGUGCUUCUCCUUCGUUCCGCGUUCAACUCUUCCUGCCGGAUCGCGCGAGAAGCACAUCUGCCUGGGCUCUCCCCAGCGUGCCGCCCUGUCUCACUGGGGCGGCGAAUCACCGGGGCUCGCUGCAAACUUCGAGAGAUGAAGAGAGCCAACACUCCCCGUGGCUCGCGGCGCAUGCACGCGCGCACGAAACCCUUGAUGAAACCUCUCAGGAGGGGCUCGGAGAUUCAGCGGAGACCGCGAGGCUUCUCAAAGAGGCUGAAGACUGGGUGCGCCUCCUGCCGCUGUGGCGGCCAGUUGACUGGGCGGGCAUCAUGCAGCAGCUGCAGAGAGAAGAGGCAGAGAAAGCCGCGAAAGAAAUCCUCGGCCUAGGAAACGGAGGGACAGCCGAAACUGCAGAGGACUGCAAUCGAUCCGGCGAGACUGCAAAAGGCCUUGCGGUCAGCGAAGAAGCGAGGAACAACCAGGAGACUCUCGAGGUGGCUGAAGCCGCAGCUCGCGAGAGACGUGCUGAGUUUGAGGAAUUUGGAGCGGGGCAAGACGAAACAGCAAGUGGGUCCCGACGGCGCUCCAACCGACCUGAUGCCGCGGGCGAGACUGCUUGCCGCUCUCAUCUCGGCCUUCACGCACUCCGUGGAGAGAAGAAGGACGCUUGCCCUGGUGUCCCGAAGUCCUCACCCGUGGAGAGAAAGACAGGCUGCGAGCUGCUUUUCCCGGCGAUGGACGACCCGAGAAGCAUGUGUGGAGGGCGCCGAGACGAGGAGAUGAGACACAGACACGAUAGACAGUCUGAGGCAAAGCCGAGCGCUGCCUACGACUUCAAACACACUGAAGGCGCCUCGUCGCCAAGCGCAGGCUGCUGCGCCGUCUUCCCACCUAUAUGUUUUUCCUCGUCCUCUGCGUUCGCGCGGUCGGUAGCCUCCACGUAUCAUUCGUCAGCUUCAUCGAAGGAAGCGACAGAGCUGAUUCUUCAGUUCGGGCGCGUCAUGGGAUCUGAGGCGGUCGCGCUUCUGAAGGCCAUGCUGCAACUCAAGGGGCAAGAGAGAAUUUCAGCUGCGGCUGCGUACGACCGCGUCUCUGUCAUCCUUGAGCGUGCCCGCCUCCACCGGCUCGCCCGCAAGGAAAACGAGAAGCUGCCUCCGCGGGUUCCGCGGCAGAGGCCAGCCCUGUGUGUCGAUGCUCUCUCCUCUCCUGCGGCGCCAGCAUCUGCGGCCCUUAGAGAGGAGAAUCCAGUUCCGUGGGAACAGGAACAAAACAGCGCAGGCAACGCCUCGUCUGCUCCGGCGGCCGAAGGCAACGCGGCGCAUGCAGCCCAGCCAAAGGACGCAGCUCUGGCACACGUUUCCGCGAAGCAAACGCGUAGCACGACAGCUAGUGAAGGUGUCGAAGGAAGCGUAGUCGAGCCUCAGCGGCACCGUGUCUUAGAACGGGAGGCCGAGGGAGGAGCGGAGACGAGAAGACUGAAGUUCGCCCUUGCGUCGAGGCAAGCACACUGGGUGCGGGUGUCUACGAUGGCGACAGAGGGAGGCAGCGAGAAGAACGAGAGGGAAAGGAAGUUGUCCGAUGCCACCCUGGAGGCGCCAAGCGGCGGAGAGGCCUGCGGGUCGACGAAACGUGGCGGAAUCAAAUUCAGAGAAAGGGGAGAGAAGAGACAAGAAGCUGGCGAACCGACUCGCGCCUCUCCAGUCACGGAGGGUGAGCCAGACCUGAUAGAUCAAAGUCGAAAAGAAGGCGGCAAUGCAUUCGCAGGUGCCUCGAGAGAAAGAGAGAGAACAAGAGAAAACCAAAACAGAGGGACUACGGAAGGGUGGCUACCCGGAGGGGAGGAAUCCCUGGAUGUACGCGGAGAUGGUGAGGCCAGUGAGGCGAGCCAAAACCCGACGGACCUGAAUCCCGGCUUUUUGCAAAUGCGAGCAAACACGACGAGUCGCGAGCAACUGCCCGAAGCCACACACAAUCAGAGAGCUGACAUCGGGCAUCCAGAAGAAGAGGAGAGGCAAAGGAGGGUUGCACACGCCCUAGGAAUUGCGGAGCGAAUGCCUGAUGACGGAAGAUGCGAAGGCGCAAGAGUGCGGUCGCUGCCGCACCCCGCGCAUGCACUCACGUGGCACUCGCCGGCUAGUGCGCCCGUCUCGGCUUCCCUCCUGAGCAGCGAUCCGCGGUUUUCUUCGCUUCUCCUUCGUCUGCACCGCCUCGCCGCCUCCACCAAAGACCUCCCCGUAGAGACCUGCAUGCGGCGGCUGGCCGCCCAGGCUGCUGACCGGUUUCUGCAGAUGCCCCCCCGCGGACUCACGCCGGAUGAAGGCAGAAAUAGAGACAGAGAGGCUCCACGGGCGGCUCGGCAAAGAGGACCCAACCAAGAUGAAGAGCGAAGAAAGCGAAGCGACAUUCGAAGCAUUCAGAGAGAGCAAAUCGAAGAGGCGGUUCUAGAAUCCCUAGAAACCCUUCGACAGAAAUGCGUCGACCUUUUCUUUCGGCUGCAGAACGAGUUCGAGCUGAAGGACUCGACGGUUCACUUGGCGGCAUCGCUGUUUCACCGCUACUUUUGCUGGGUGCUUGCGCCGUCGUUUCUGUCGGAGCGCACUCGAGUGGAAGCCAACGCAGGACAGCGUCGGGACUCCCAUCGUGCGCCAGCUUCGUCGCCGCGUCAAGUCGCCCCUCCCUCGUCGGGUGCGCUGCGGUGCGCGCGGGGGUCGUUUGGCGGUAGCUCUGCGGUGCGGUCCGCUUCCGGUUCAUCCGCCGCUUCUGUGUCGCCGUCUGAUGUAUUGGCAGUCUCUCUUCGGAGUGCCUCUUCUGCCGUCGAGUCUGCUGCUUGCUCAUCGGGCCCGCCAUCGGCCUCGGUAGCCUCGCCUCGGGGCCUCUCGGGCGCCCGCAACUACCCUCCCCUCUCUGCAGCCCGACCCCGCGUAGGCGCGUUGCUUCUUCGUCCAUUCGGAUCUCCGUCCUCUGCAUCUCUCACCACGUCUCUGGCGCCGGCAGCCGGCGAUGAAGCUCGAGAGACUGCCGGCUUCGCCCCCGAGAUUGUGCUUUCGUGCUGCGCUGUCCGCGAAAGUCUCUGCGCCGCCGCGGCCUGCGUGAAGAUCGCGGACGUCGCCAACGAGCGCUCUCUAGAAUACUACAAAACGACAAACGCACACGACUACGCAGUGAAUGUCAACGACCUCAUCGCGACUCGCUACCUGAGAGAGCCCUGUCUCCCGUGUCUGCUGAGACGCCAACUCACACGGACCGCUGAGGAAUUUCCGCGACCAAGGGAGGUCGCGGGGCUGCAUGCACGACAGGAAAAGCCAGACGAGAGACGAGGCGGAGGCGACGAGAGAGGAGAAGAAGACAAAGCCGGAGGAGAGGGCGCGCGCGCGUCGAGUCACGCAGGACGUGCACGGCUGCAGUCAACGCAGAGACUCUGCGCAGAGGCACGCGAUGCCGGAGAGACGAGAAACUCUAAACAGCGAGAGGGGUCAAUCAGAAGGAAUAGUGAGGAGGAGGUUGAAGGCCACACAGAAGGGAAGGUCGCGGCCCUUGGCCCCGUCGAGUCGGACCAAAGUUUUUCCGCCGCCACGCAGAUGAACUUUGGGCCUCCUCCCGUUUCGGCCGCCACUGCAUCGUUGCGUGCCGUAUCCGGCUGCAAUUCAGCACUCUGCUUUCUGUCUGUGCCUGGCUUCUCUCCUCUCGAACCGGGUGCAUCUUCAACUUCGUUGUCGGGGUCCGCGCAAGGCAGGCGCGGCUAUGCCCAUCCUGCUGCAGCGUGUGCUACCACCAGUCUCCCUUCCUCCAGUGUGUCUACGCGUCUGCUGGCUCGCGCGGUUUCGACAAACUCGUCGCCUCUUUCAGCAGUUCCCGCUGCUCCUGCUCAAUCUGGCAGCGAUUCAACGUUUCACUGCAGUGACUUUUUUCCACCUUCGUCAUCUUGCUUGAAAGGCUGUUCGUCUGUCUCUUGCUCUGCUUCGUCUGCGUCUGCGGCGUCGGCUUCGCUCGAGGCUGCCUCCACGCGUGCGUUUCACUCCUCGCCUGCUGUCGGCCGGUCUCUGUCUUCAGGCCCUCGUCUCGCAUCCGGCUCCGAAGACACAGCCACAAGUUUGAGCUGCUUACCGUCGCCGUCGGCGCCCGCUGCGCCUGACUGCUCGCCUUCUGCGUCUCAGUCUGCUGGUGCUUUGCCAUCGUCUGCCCCCCUCGGCUCGCUCGCGUCCGCAGCCUGCGCGUGGGAGACGCAGGCCUCACGCGAAGAGCUUGUCGCCCUCGAAAAGCGAAUUCUGCAGGCCGUCCAGUUCCGCCUCUCCACGCCGAAUUCUCUGUGGUGUCUAGCGCUCCUCUGGGACGUCACGGCGCUCUCGCUUCAGCGGGAAAGAGAGCGGGAAGGGCUCCUUCGGCUUCGCGCAUUCGCUGCCGCACAUGCAGCCGGCGCUCAGAGGAAGCGCGAGGCGGUCCACGGUAUCUUUGAAGCCCCUGUUAGCAAGAAACAGCGGCCUCAGAAGAGCGGCGACUCCGGCGACUUCACUACGCUGGUGCAGAGUCCUGCGGAGGCCGGGGACGGCACACCAGCUGACCAUGGGGGAACGGAGGGAGGAAAACAAAAGCUGAGAGUUCUGCACAACGAAGUCUCUGCGCACGCUUCGCAUCGGAUGAAGGAGGUCGCGGAAGACAGGGCAGCGCCUGCAAGUCCCUGUAGCGUGUCAGUCGGCUCCCCUGAAAGGUUGACAGUCAUGCCAGGCCAGCGAUGUGACGCGGCCAGAGUCGCGUCAUGGGACAUGCGGCGGGAGCUCCCCUCUAUUCCAUGUGAGACACAGCAGCGGGCGAACCCUCGAAGGCGGGACUGCCUUUGGAGCAGCGACGAGGAAAAGCCUUCCGGCUGCGGGAGCGCGCGUCUUUCUGCUGCCUCAAGGGCAGUUGUUGACGCUUUCUCGCUGUCACUCUCGUCAUUCUCUUCAUCGUCGCUUCCGCAGGCUCAGGACGCGGAGCCGUUUUCCUGUUUUUCUUGCCCAGGUCGGGCAUCUUCGGCGGGUCCUGCGGCCUCAGUAGCUUCGGCGACGCACUCCGGAAUGUCGGUUGUCUCCUCCGCGUCUUCCGCUCUGUGUCUGAAUGCGUCUGGCUGCGUGGCUCCCUCAGUCUCUGCUCCUUUCGGCUCACACUCCUCCCAGUCGUCCUCGGCGAUUCCGCCGUGGGCGUCCUCUGCCUGCCCGAGCUCUUCUUCUCCCCCGGGAGGCCUCGCUCGUGGUUCCCUCUCCCCUCGGGGAGCCCCUCCUUCCUGCCCGCGUUCAGCCGCUUCUUCUGCGCUGCGGUGGAGCCGUUGUUCGCGCUCUUGGCUGUCGCCGCCUCGUCUCGCCGCCUGCUCCCGCACUGCCGCCUCCCCGUCUCCUCGCGCCGCGUCCUCCUCCGCGCGCCUCUCCACCGUCCUGCAGCGGUCUCCGUCUGCUGGGCUCGCCUCUUCUGCCGCUGGCCUCCUCGCACGCCCUUCCCUGCGCCUGCCUUCCGCGCGAACUCUCCGCCAGUGCCGCCGCUACGCCUCGCUUCUCGCUGCUCUCGCCCUGUACGACCUGCGCCUUGUCAGCUGCGCGCCACUGCUCCUUGCGCAGCUUCUCCACUUCGCCGCACUCGGCACGUUUCUUCCUGAGCUCUUUUGGCCUUCGUUCACGCCGUCGCCGCGCCGACGCGAGGCCUCGCAGCCCAGCCAGAUUCAGUCUCCAGGACGGCCGACUCUGGACGACAGACGUCGAACCGGUCUCUUACCCCGCGGUGCCGCGACGGCUCAGCUUGAAGAGUCCGUCAGCGUGCAGCUGCUGCAGAACGACCGAAUGCACGGGAGGUGCCGCGCACUGGGAAACGCCCGUAACGGCGCACUCUGCCCUGUGCGCCCGCUGUGCACUUCAGCCGCCUCGCCGUCGGCCGGUGCGUCUGCUUCGCCAGCCGCCUGCGCCCGUCAUGCCUCCCAGGCGUCUCUCUACAGCAAAGCCUCUUCGGUGCCUCUUCUGCAGAACCGGGCGCCCUGUGAUUCGCUUGAGGGGGCCUUCUCUCUCUGUCCGUCUCUCCGGUCUGUCACUGCGCCUUCCUCAGGCUCUCCAGGUUCCGCCCUGGCCGCUGCGCGUCUGUCGACGUCUCGCUCUGCGCUGCAUCCCUGCGCGUCCGCGCUGCCCUCGUCUCUCGUAGGUGCCUCUCGCCUCGGCGCGUCUAUGUGUGCGGCGCCCCACAGUGAGUGUUCCCUGGCGGCGCUUUUAGGCCCGCUGUCUCUGCCGGUCACCCGCCGCCUGCUCGCGGGAGGCGCGCGGCGGCCUUGGGAGAUUCUGCAGCUCGCCGAGGCCGUUCGCCAGCUGCCGCACAUCACGCGCGCAAGGCAAGAACUCCGCCAGUCUCCGCUGUUUGGCUCCGCGUCUGCGAAUCUUUCAAAUGCGCCUGCCGGCGCGCCGCUCGCCUUUCUGCGGUUCGCCGAGUAUACGCACGCCAGGCGCAUCAAGCAGCUCGAAGUCUGGGAGCGACAGGCGCGAAGAAGGAGCAUGCUGGAAAGGUUACAAGUCGAGGUCGACUCGGCAAGGAAAAAACAGCCACUUGAUCAAAGAGGGCCCGAGGCGAACCGAUCCUCGACAGAGGCGGAGGACAUGCCGCGGUGCGAAAAGUCACCCACGAGCAACAUACUGCAGAAGGCGUGGAGCCACGGCAGCGAGCGAACUAUCGACGCGGAGCUUGAGAUGCAAUGGGACAAGGGGGAGGAGGGGGAUGAGGUUGCGGUCCGUGUGCCCACUAUGCACCCAGGGUUGCAGGCAGGCAAGCCGCACGAAGCGAAGGGCGGCCUCGUUCUCCAAGCAGACCGGCGCGAGGAGACGAAGACCUCUGAAGCGGCAGAGAGACACAAGAGGAAGUCUGAAUGCGGGGACAGCACACCAGACGCCGCAUGCAAAAUCGCUCGAUACACUUCCACGCAGGGAGCUGAAUACUGUCGCAGCGAAAACUCCAUGCGUGGAGCCCUCACCGACACAACCACUGCGCAUGAGGCAAAAGACUCGAUGACGGAAACGAAACCUGAGGAUCGCAGUUACUACAGACAAACCAGCAAGUACACUGAGCGAUGCGAGGCUCAUUCAAAGGCGCACGGCGGCGACGAAGGUGGAGGCCGACGCACAGAGGUCGGUCUCAGCUCCAGGAAAGCAGCGACCGGGGCGCAAAUGCGAAGUGCGAAUGCGGAGUGGCGCAGUCCACCGCAGAACCGGGUCCAGGGCACUUGCGAAAGAAGACAACACGGAAACAGAAAUGACCCCCUUCUCGCCACGGCACCCGUGAGAGAGCUGGGUCGGGCAGGAUCCGAGACCCACGACAGCGCACAGCGUGGGGGAGAGGAGCAACGAAGUGCGCCGCUGGAAGCCUCUCACGUGUCUUCGCACUCAGCCGGCGACACUCGCACAACGCGCGAGACCCCCGCGGAGGCCACCUCCCCGCCUGCUUCUUUACGGAGGAGGCAGGGGCGCCUGCCAGCCGCCGUUCUGGCGCUCCUGCUCGCCGACGCCGACAGCAUCGACGCGCUUUUCGCGCUGGCCGCAGAGUGA